AUGGGCCGCCGGAGCUUCUCAUACCACAGGCUCAAGAAGCUCCCCGCCGCCACCUCCCCUCCUCAUCCUCCCGCCACGACGACGGCCCCUACCACCGGCCUGGAUCAAGAAGGAGACCCGCCGUGCGCCGCGGCCGCUAUCGAGGAGUCGUACCGGUCCUACUACCGCGCGCUGGUGGCGAGGGGGAGGCGGCAGCGGCGGAGGCAGCAGCAGCCGUGGCGGGGCAGCGGCAGGCCGCGGCGGCGCCUGAGGGUGUGGGGCGCCCUGGCGCGCGCGCUGCGGCGGAGGGCGGUGUCCGCCGGGGUCCGGGUGCGCGCGUCGGUUGCCAGGGUGGCGCGGCGGCUCCGGGAGGGCCGGCCCUACGUCGGCGACCUCUUCGCCGGGAACUACAUGUUCCUGCAGGUGUCGCCCACGAUGGCCGGCGCCGACGGCAGCGCGCGCGGCGCCGUGGUGCCCUUCGCGGAGUACUACUACGGAUGCAAGGCCCGGGCCAGGGCGGCCCCCGGCGCUGGCGCGGUGCAGAUGCACCCUGCUGCAGCCGCUGCUGCGGUGCUCUACAAGGUGUAG